CCCAGCCAUUUUCUGCACUGAAACGUAAAUAAGUGCCACGUUUUCACGAAUAGCUUGGUUCAGUUUGAAAACAUUUUGUUGUCAUUUACCGCUAUCAUAAACAAAGGUACAAGUUAAAGAUGAUGGAAGAAGACAGCAGCCAUGAAAGCAGUCCAGUCGCUGCAGCUUUGGUCUUGGAAGACACAACACAGGAAGUCACACAGAAGUUGGCCGAUACCAGCCUUGCUGAUCAGCUGCAAGAUGCUGCUGCUGAGACUGCAGAGACGUCACUAAAAACAGUGUCAUACUCUGCCCAUGCGCGUCUGAAGUAUGGUUAUCCAAGUCGAGAGGCUGCAAAAUCUCCUCCUGUAGCAUUAACCUCGCCAGCACCAGGUACACCACCACCAGCAUCACCGACCCAAGUAGUGGCCUCGCCGGUGCCUCCGCCAGCACAAAUACCACAGUUCACGGGCAACCCAUACUCUGCUCAUAGGCACCACACGCCGCAGCAGGUGCAGACGACUUAUCCAGCGUCUGCAUCUGCCGCCACUGGAACGCCUUUAUUUUACAACCCGGCAUCAGUUGCUAGCCCUGGAGCUCAACCACAGAUCUAUAUGCCUCCAGCCGUGCCUCAGCAACCUGCUGUAGGAGCACAAGGUGUGGGCAUGCCACCAAGUCCGGGCUAUAGCCCCAGUCCCCAGCAAUCUUACACUCCGUCACAGCAGAUGCAACAAUAUUCACCAACACAAACACAAGCUGCAGCGCAUGCUCCCUAUGGUAGUAGCAGCUCAAUCGAUCUUCCAUUAGACGCUGGUGUCCCCUAUCAGCAACAACAGAACUACAACCUCGAAACUGGACCAGGCUGGUUUGGAGGUGGAAUAAUGAAUAAACUCAAAAAUUCAGUUGAGACAAUGAUAACAGUACUUGAUCCAGGCAUGAAGCAGUACAUCCACAGCGGUGGUGACGUUGACAUAAUCGUCACAUCAGACAAGGAGGCUAAAGUUGGCCCAGUACGAGAGGCAUUCCAGGCAGUGUUUGGAAAAGCUACAGUCACUGGUUUGGGAAGUCAAGCGAACAUUGCCGCCCAACCGGUUGGAUUCACUGUUGGUGUGAAAGGUGCUGAGGAACGAAUAGAGAAUCUCAGGCGAUCGGGAAUCAUUGAUGAACGUCAAACUAUAAUGUCCAUAGAAAACUUUCUAGCAGAAGUUAUUCCUGACAAAUGGUUCGAUAUUGGCUGCAUCGUUCUGAAAGAUCCGCUCCGUAACAUCAACCUGCAAGUCUUCACACAGGCGACACCUAUACCCCCGGAAUAUGUUCAACAGAUACAGGAUGACACUCCACAGGACUACCCACUCAGGUGGUCAGGGUACUCAGUGACUAUUGGCGAAAUGAUAUGCAGAUAUCAACCCCAUGUGCACAGGAGUGAAUGGCACGCCGCCCUUACUGGAGUCUCGCGACAAGAGAUGAUCUUUGUGGCCGCAAAAACGUUAGCUGGACUUUAUAAACAGAAGUUGCCACCGAUGACUUCUUGAGAUACGGCCAGUGUACUGCAUGCAUAACCUGAAUGAAGAAACUUUUUGCCCUGUAUUCAGAUGGACUAAGUUGGGGCACUUGCCAAUGGUAUUCAAUGCAUGCAUCCUCUUGACAUGCAUGACAUCAUGACAUCCUUGGACUGAGCUCUCUCAACCCUUGGCAGUGACCAGUCAUUUUUUGCUACUGCAUGAAGCCAUUCAAAAGAGUAGUUGUUCAUUGGCUACCAUUGAUGCAAGUGUUGAACUGAAGCGGCGUCCACUUGGAGGUGAUGCCUUGUUGCCUCGUAAGGUGAACCAGCAGUGAAUGUAAUAAAAACAAAACAGACUGGAAUUCCACAAUUGUGAAUGAGAUGCCUGAGCAACUGUUCAGUACUCUCUGUUUUAGCUUCCAGUAGGUCAUCAGACAGCUUUAGAUCAGAAUGAUAAGAAUGAGAAUUGCAUGCUUUAUACUAUUGACACAAACUAGAUCUUAUCUUUGGUGAGUUUAACAUUUGAGUGUACGGAAUUUGUCACACAGCUCUGUGAUCUCUACCAUGAAUAUGAAGGUGGAAAAAUAAAAGAUUGUUUCAGUUGUCUUCAUUUUGGAACAAGUUUAGUGCCAUAGAUGAUGGUAUUUUCUUCCUGAAUACAAAUUCAUUUUCAUGUGUUGAAAAGUUUGAUAGUUUGAUGGAAGUGCUUAGAUGUUUUGGGAAUUGGAUACAGUUUUGUAAUGAACAUUGUGGUUUUUGAAAAGGUGAGUGCACAGUGGGUAAAAAAAGCGUUUUGUCUUAGCUGUGUCGAUAAGUUCUACGUACAAGAUUAUCCUAUUCAAAUCACCAACACUACACAUAGAUCGAGUUAAGGGAAUUUAAAAUUCAAAAAUAGAAUUUACUUUGCACUGCAUGUGGCUAAUGAUAUUAUAUUGUAUAGGUUUUAGUCUUUGUUAUUGUUUAGUUUAUUGUUAUUUCUUCCUUGUUUUAUUAAAAGACAGUUAAAUAGCCAGUUGCAGUGGGUGGUUUUGAAGUUGGUGUUGACUCCAAAUGCAGACGUAACAUUGGUGUUGACUCCAAAUGUAGACGUAACAUUGGUGUUGACUCCAAAUGUAGACGUAACAUUGGUGUUGACUCCAAAUGCAGACGUAACAUUGGUGUUGACUCCGAAUGUAGACGUAACAUUGGUGUUAACACCAACAUUAAAAUGACCCAAAUGUGACUGAUCUCAAAUCAGCAAAUUCAAUAACAGUCUAUGCAGUCUUUCAGCUCAGUUAUGAGUUUUUUGAUUUGAUUUAAGUGGUACAGUACUGUAUGACUUCUCUCUAUCGCUUGAACAUCCAUCCUGGGUGGCGAAUCCAGGAGUCUGGGAAAGAGAGGGCAGCCUGAUGUCUUUUCAUAGUCAAUAUCCUAACAAUUUUGGUCAAUUUCCAAGAUUUAUGCGAAUAAAUGGGGGUCACACUACUCCUGGAUCGACCACCUGUUUGAAAGGUAUUAUUUAGCACAUGUAGUCAUGUACAGGGUUCCAUGGAUGACGAAGUCCUUUAUUGGUAAGCUUUAAGUCAUACAUUAUCUUAAGGGGUCAGUACUUGACCAUCAUCUAAAUAGAAGGAGUCGCAUUAGUUAGUGUUGGCUAUCGCUAAUCUAUAGUGACAGGAUAUUGCGUAGUUGGUGCUUUAUAAUCCUAACUAAUUGUUAAAAGCAAAUAUUUUGUGAUGCAUCUCUGAAAUACCCUCAAUAGAAGCUGUGCUGUGACUUCAUUUGGUUGGCCAUUUUAGACCUGACCAGGACCCUUCUCACAAAGUAUGCUAUGUGGAUCUGAAUUACAAAAAAUAUAGUAAAAUUUGACCUCCUAAAUGGUCUUUCUGUGAUGACAUCAUUUGUCUGAUUCUGGCAAAGUAAGUACAAAUGUAGCAUUGUAGAUACUUGGGACUUUGAAGCUUUGGAUGAAAUAUUACAUUUUGUUCAAAUAUUUCAUUUUUUCUGCAGAAUAACCAAACAGAGUGCAGUUUUUUCCUGAAAUGUACUUCAGACUCCUCCAUUCCAAAGUUGCAUCUUCUUUAUCACUGUAUCAUGUGUAUAUAUCAUUCUGCUGUUUGGUCUUAGGGUCAAUUAUUUUUCUUUUUUUCUUAAUCUCUCUUGAAAGCAUGAUGACUUGGUUGGGUGUUUUGUUUUUCUGUUACAACUGGUUGUGUCGAAUUUAUCUAGCUACUCAAAGAUGAACCUUUUACUUGCUGGUGCAUGACCAUUUCUAAUAUAGUGAAUAUGAAUUAACAAAAAUAAUUGGCUGGAAAAUAUGCUGGAUUAUUUUGGUGAAAAUCGCUUAUAUUGUUCAUGCUGUCUUGGACCAAGCCAUUCCAAUCUGUCCACAGUCUUUGUGCUGGUUUGUCUAUUGCGCUAAAAUAAAACAGAGUUCUAGCCAGUUCUUAUAAGCAUGCAGGAUCUUUUGUGUUUCAUAAAGUUUUUGAGUCUUCUCUAAACCGUUAAGUAAUCCUCUGCAACGACUUUGAAAUUUUCUUAAUACAUCUUUCUUUUUUGUGGGUAUUAUGGUGUUCUAACAAGUUCUUACUAAGUGCAGAGUCAUUAUUCACUGCAGUUGCAUUGGUAAUAUUAGUAUACAGAUGUACAAUGUUAAUUUUUAAAACAUUUUUGAGAGGUCUGCAUUUUAAAAAUGCACCAGUUAUAACCCUGUUACAAAGUAAUGUAUAUCUUUAAAAAAUAAACCUAAAUUUGU